UGUGUCGCAUGCGGACAUUUUUAGCGAGCAGAUUUCUUAUCCCUGCGAGAACAGGGAAUGGCUUCCAGUGCUCCACGAUCCCGGGAGCACAAACGUUGCAUCCAUUGUAAAAGGUAGGCAACCAUGAAAUCUAUAAAGCCGAUUUGGCAGGAGAAGCUGCUGUUGGUGCCAAGAUUUGGUUACUGACCCACAGUUUCCUGUUUGGAAAUCUAUUAAUUGAUUCGCAAAGAGCAUCUUUUUGGAAAACAAGGAUUCAGACAGGCUGGCACAGGCUGGAGCUCCGCCAAGACUGCUCGGGAAGGUUGCCAUGCUGGGAGCGAGCGAGCGAGAGAGCGAGAGAGCGAGCGAGGCGAGGGAAGAAAAAAAGGCAAGACUUGGCACGGCUCAGUCAAAUCAGCUUCUUUUGUCUGCUGUCUCGGCUUGAGCUUCGCGAAAGAAAACCGUCCUGGGGUACAGAAAAACUCACAACUUUUUUUUUUGGUUUUCAAACUUCCGUCGCUUUUUAAGUCUCUUGGGCUCUUGGGAAGUGGUGGUGACAUUAAAUGACGUCCAGUUAGCAGUGAGCAGAGAAAUAAAAGCUUUUAAUGGAGCCUCCACAAUGUCAGUUUGUACAUAUGGGAAAUACGAUAUUUGGUGAUUUUUUAUUUUUUUUUUUCCCUAUGUCUGAUUAAACUGUAAGGGAGCCGAGUAACUUGGAAGAUUGCAGAGGGAAUGUGUAAAUAAAAGGGAGAAUUUUCAUUUUUUUGCAGCAAAACAAAAACUUUUCAUCGACACAAACAUGCUUUAAAACCGAACCUGACCUCCUUCGGAAUACGUUCGGAACGGGAAUUCCGGCGUUUCUCUCGAAAGAAACGAACUUUUAAUGGAACCUCCUUAAAGAUUUCAUCUGACCCAGCAGUGAAGUAAGAGUAGAGAGAAAGUUGUGACUUCAAUAGAAAAGUGAGUACGUUCUUAAAGCCACAACGUUUGUUUUUGCUGCUUGGUGCUGUCCUGGCUCCAUGUCCCAGCCUUUGGGGACAAACCUGAAGACCCAGCAGGACACGCUGAAGACACCCAGGCUGUGCCUGAAGGGCAAAAUCACAGCAUGGUUAUUCUGCUCCUGCUCUCAAACAUUCCCUUCAGUGCAUCUUCCUAGAGAGCCUCUGGAAUCGCUGAAUUUUCUACUUUUAGAAGCAACAAGAGAUGGAAAAAUAUCAGCUGCUGCCAAGUGAGGGAUGUUUGAAGAUGACACGGUUGAUGGCACUGGAUACGGAAACUUCAGUUUGUAGUUACAGGACCUGUUUGCUGCAAACAGUGAAAAAAAAUCUGCUCUUUUCUCAGGAAUUAAAAGAAAAUGGACUAAAAAAAUCAGUGAUGGCUGAAGUUUGGACGCUUUACCAUUUCAAGAAAAUGAAGGACCUAAAAGUCCAUUGUUUUCUCCAAAGGUGCCUGGUUUUUCAGGGAGAGAGGUACCUGCCUUCUGAUUUCCUGGGAGCAAAUAUGAUCACACUGCCUAUUAGGCCUGGAUGUGCUGGGAUUAUCCUCCUGCUGCUGUGACAAUCAGCAUUAUUAUUUCAGGGAGUAACUGUAAACCGUAGAUUUUUAUGGAUCGGCUUCGCUUGGAAUAAACAUCAUGUCAAUGGGAACAGAAUGGUUGAACCUUUCCCAGAGGGAACACAGAUGGCUCUGUUUGGUAUGGGGUGUUUCUGGGGAGCUGAGAGGAAGUUCUGGAGGCAGAAAGGAGUGUAUUCCACUCAAGUGGGUUAUGCCGGAGGACAUACCCCAAACCCUACCUACAAGGAGGUGUGCUCAGGCAGAACUGGGCACGCCGAGGCCGUCCGGGUGGUGUUUGAGCCACAAAACAUCAGCUUUGAGCAACUGCUCAAGGUCUUCUGGGAGAAUCAUGACCCGACACAAGGGAUGCGGCAGGGGAACGACGUCGGCACUCAGUACCGCUCGGCCAUCUACACCUAUUCCCAGGAACAGAUGGCAGCUGCCCUGAGAUCCAAGGAAGAAUAUCAGAAGGUGCUGAAGGAGGAAGGCUUUGGCCCCAUCACCACGGAGAUCCGGGAGGCGCCUGAGUUUUAUUACGCUGAGGAAUAUCACCAGCAGUACCUCAGCAAGAACCCUGGAGGGUACUGUGGCCUGGGAGGGACGGGGGUCUCCUGCCCCAUGGGCGUCAGGAAAUAGCCUGGGCUUGCUCCACCACCUCCUCUUCAUGGUAGGGAGCUUGGGAAGAAAAAGACCAGGAACCCUGAUGGAUGUUCCUGCAGCAUCUGUGGAUAAAGAUUUGGGAAUCUGCUGGGGAGGCUUUCCAUAAUUAUAAGUUUUCAAAAGCCAAAGUAGAGGCAGGAAUUGCUCCCAUUCUUGCUCUGUGCAGCUCCCGGGGUUUCCUUGUCAUCUGGAAAGGUGGAAAGAGAUCCAAACUUCUGAAGUUUGGCUUGAAAUGCUGUUAAAAGGGGGAAUUAGGAGGUGGUUGCACCCGUAGCUGCUUUGCAUUUCCAAUGCCUUUGGAAUUUUUGAUUUUUUUUGGGGUUAAUUAAUUUCCUGGUGUUCCCAGAGCUUUGAUUUCUGGAGAUGUGGUUGGGUUCCUUACCUGGAAUGUGAUGUCUUUGGGAAUGUCACAACCCUGGAAUGUGAUGUCUUUGGGAAUGAGGAAUUGAUCAGAUCAGUGAUUCUCCCACCACAACUCCACUCUCACAGCAUUUAGUACCAUCUGUAGUGCCUAUUUUCUGAAAUUAUUUUAGCCAUAAAAAAUAAAAUUGUAAUAUGACGCUUCUUUUUGACAGUUCCAAGUGAAUAAACACAAAAAGAAUUCAGUUUUGUUUCCUGCUCUGCAAUAAAUGACAGAACAAGAAAA